GGGAGACCUGCCCAGGUUUCCCUUGAGCUCCAUUCGCGGCCUCAAUUGCCAUCGAGUACAAAGUGUACGUACGACAUUGUUGCCCGGCGGGAAUGCAACUUCCUUCCCUUUCACAACACGCGUUAACAGUUGUCGUGCCAUCAUGCUAUCCUCACAUUUCCCUUGAUAUGAAUCGGUGUAUCAGAUCCAUGUGCCCAACAUAAAAUUCGACUAACGACGACCCAUUUUUUCUUCCUCUUUUGUCACUGCUAAGCCGGCCCAACCGCAGCGGACGGUAGCGGGUGGUCCACUCGCUCCGUUCCUUUAUUUGAUCGCCGUCACAGUGUUCACGGGAUCUCCUUCCUGUUUUUCUGUCCCUCCUACCGACCGUAACCUUUUCCCCAAUUCUUCGAUUCCCGCCUUUUCUGGUCUUCACUUGGCUUGGAAACUCAGGCACUCCCGGGCGCCGACGACUUUGGCUCAACAUACGGUCGUUUCUUUUGUCGUCGGCACAGCUUGACCCGGAACGGGUCCCGAACCUUGUUGCCCCUCGCGGCCCAACGACUUCGCAGUACCAUUCGACACAAGGAAAUAUUAUGAUCCAUUUUUUAGUAUACUGAACUCCCGAACACAGUCGACUAUACGUACAGCUCGCUUCUUUGUUUGAACGGGCGCGAUCGCUUCCCCCUUUACGCGAACGUGCUGCACCUGCAUGCGGACAUAGACCGUCACCGUCAUCCUGCUUCCGAACGCGGCGCAUAAGGCAGGUCCUGAGUGCAUAGGAAGAUGGCAUACAGUGGAGGAUACGAAGGAGGGCCGGGAGGACGCCAGUACGGCGGUCAAGCACCACCACCUAGAGGACCGCCGCAGCGCGCAUACACCGCUGGACCUGGCAUGCCACAACAGCAGUACACUGCGCCGCCGCCUCAGCAGCACUACGACCGAUAUCAGGAAGACUAUGGCUAUGGCGGCGGCUACAAUGACCAUGGGGGUGGUUAUGAUCAGGGAUAUGGAGGACAAGAUCAAGGUUACGGUGGACAAUAUGAUGACAGAAACUACCAGAGAGGCCCGCCAGCGCAGGAUUACCCUCAGCAAGACUACUUUAUUCCCGGACCCAAUGGCCGCAAUGGACCCCCUCCUGAAGCUGCUGCUCCCGGUCCCGGCCCCGGCCGAGGUGGACCACCCAUGCAAGGUGGCAGAGCCGGGCCCGCUGGUCCGAUGCGUCCUCCUGCAGACAACGGCAGGGGUCCUCCAGCUCCCUAUCCGCCGCGUGGUGGCGGCUACCCUCCGGGCCCAGGACGGGGUUAUCCGCCCCAAGGCCCCGGUGGGAGGCCAGGCCCUCCGGAUCGAGCUGUGGCUUCAGAUCCCAGCGCGAACCGCCGGCCACCCAUGAAUGGCCCCGGUCCGGGUCCCGGUCCCGGCCCUCUGAGUCCUGAAAACCGUGGUUUUGGUGGUGGUAAUUUCCGGGGCCCUCCGGGAGCGCAGCGAAGGCCUGAUGUGGACAAUGUUGCAGCACAAAUGGAUGGGAUGAAUCUCUCGAUUCAGAGGCCACCAACAAGAGGACCUCCUGGGCCUAAUGGUACUGGACCGCAACGUGCACCAAUGCGCCCAGAUACCAGGGACGGGUAUGGAGGGCCGAUGCGUCCUAAUACUAGAGACGGCUAUGGAGGACCAGGACCUGGAGGGCCGCAAAUGGGACCGCCCCAGCCAUACCGCCCUCAACAGGACAUUCAAGAUCAGCGGCGAGGCCCUCCUCCUGGCCCGGACUUUGGCCAGCCUGGGGUAUUUCAGGAUGGUGGCUUUGGUCCACCUGGGCGGAGUAUGACCAUGCCUGCGAGAGAUGAUAUGGGAUUUCAGCCUCCGCCGCAGAAUUUCAUGCACCAGAGCGACAGUGUCCCUUACAAUGGUCCUGUUGGACGCGCGAUACAGAGACCAAACACGGCUCAAGGUGCACGGGCGCCACCGCAGAGGGUUUACCCGUCUGACCAUGGAGUUCCUCCAUUACCACAAAACAACUACGACCAAGGGUACGGGAACCGACAAGACAUAGCCUAUGGAGGUCAACAGCAACAGCAGCAACCCGGUCCUGUCGAUGAUUACUACGAGGACUAUUACGAGCCUACUGGCAACGGCGGGUACCCAGCUCAAUCAGAUGGCCCAAACUUUGAUGCCAUUUCCCCUCACAGGCAUAAAGAUUCUUUUGACCAGCACAUGCAGCCUAAUCAGAUGCAGCACCAAGCUCAACGUGGGCCUGGCCGCCUACCGGAGAUGUCUCGGGCCAAGUCUCAACCUGACCUGCGAAAUUCGCAGACGGCUGUAUUUGAAAUGGCAGGUGAUAUGCCCCCGAUACCCAUGAUGCAACAACAACAAACGGGGGGCCCGCGUGGUUCGCUUGAAAGUCAGAACAGUCUUCACAGGCCGUCCCCUAAUGGUCAGCCAGGGCCACUGCCACCAGGAGCUGGUAUAACUGCUCACCCAGCACCAUACAGACCCGGGCAAUCUGCGCCCCCUCAGGGACCGUAUAACUCGGACAAUUUGCCAUUGCAUCCUGCUCCAGUCCGCCCAGGUCAGAUGCCCGGCUCUAUGGUCAAUUUGAAUGACAGGCCCCCUCCAGUCAGGAACUACCAGGCUGCUAUGAACAGUAUGCCUGCUCCUCCCCCUCUCAACAACCAACCUGGUCCUCAGCCGAUGCAAGGUGGUCCUGGUUCGCCGCCCCCUCCCACGAAACCAGUCGAGCCCAAGGUUACUGUGGAAGAACUGGAGCACCUGCGGGCCAUUGUCAAAAACGAUUCCAAUGAUCAACAGUCUGCUCUUCGGCUUGCUAAGAAACUAGUUGAAGCGUCAGACGUCUUGGUCCCAAAUCUGCCUGACCCCAAGGCUCGCGCUCGUUCUCGGGAUCGCUACCUUGUUGAUGCUCACAAGAUUCUUCGCAAGCUUGAGAAGGCCAGCAACCCAGACGCCAUGUUCUUCUUGGCAGACAGCAUCGGCCGUGGGCUGUUCAGCUCUGAGCCCGAUCACGCACAUGCUUUCUCGCUCUACCAGUCCGCCGCGAAGCUCGGCCACGCGGCAGCAGCCUACCGCACCGCCGUCUGCUGCGAGAUCGGCAACGAUGAGGGCGGCGGGACCCGCAAGGACCCCAUCAAGGCUAUCCAAUGGUAUAAGCGCGCCGCGACGCUGGGCGACACCCCCGCCAUGUACAAGGUUGGAAUGAUUCUGCUCAAGGGACUGCUGGGUCAGCCGAAGAACAGGCGGGAGGCCAUCAGCUGGCUCAAGCGGGCCGCCGAGCGCGCCGAUACCGAGAACCCGCACGCCCUCCACGAGCUCGCACUCCUGUACGCUAGCGCUGAGCCCGACGACGUUAUCCUCCGCGACGAGGCAUACGCCUUCAGCCUGUUCAAGCAGGCGGCCGAGCUGGGAUAUAAGUUCAGCCAAUUCCGUCUGGGCGCUGCAUAUGAGUACGGUCUGUUCGGCUGCCCGAUCGACCCGCGGUUAUCUAUCAUGUGGUAUAGCCGCGCGGCGACCCAGGAGGAACACCAGAGUGAGCUGGCGCUUUCAGGAUGGUACUUUACUGGUAGUGAGGGUGUGUUGCAGCAAAACGAUACCGAGGCGUAUCUGUGGGCGAGAAAGGCUGCCAUGGCUGGGCUGGCCAAGGCCGAGUUUGCCAUGGGUUACUUCACGGAGGAGGGUAUCGGUGUGCCAGCCAACCUUGAGGAUGCGAAGAGGUGGUACUGGCGGGCUGCUGCCCAAGACCACCCCAAAGCCCGCGAGCGUCUAGAGGAGCUCAAGCGAUCAGGAAAGAACGGGCCGAGAAACCGGGAGAAGAUAUCUCGCAACAGAAAUUCGAGGCAGCAGGAGGGUGAAUGCUUGGUAAUGUAAAAUCCGUAAUCAUAUAAGGUCAAAUGAAUCCAGGGGGUGGUACCUAGCCGGCCAAUUUCCCUUUGGGAGGCAACAUCGUAUUGCGUUGUAUUUUGGGAGCUAGAAUAUGUAGAAGAAGUAAUCUAUGCACACCCAUACCCGGCCGAUGGUUCAUGCCGAGGUUCCUCAUACACUGGAAUUUGAUGAUGGCUCCUGUUCACUUGCCUUUCCAGGAGUCCUCUGCCAUUGUACGGGGCAAUUCAUCGUCAUCUUCGACGCUUGACACCUCCUUCUUUCUCUCAACAGAAAGUCGACGUAUAAAAUUACAUCAUAUUGCCAUAACAUCAUC